AUGAUUAAAAAUAAUAUAAGGCCUAGAGCUUCAAGUGAAAGACUUGAUAAGUUAGCUAUUUUAGAAAAUCAAACAAACCUUGAAUGGAUAAUGAAAAACUCAUAGAUGUUGGAAUUAAAAUCAAAUAUCAGAAUGAUUCCUAAAGAUUCUUUGUCUAUUAAUAUUCAUGUUCCAGAGCAUGAAGGAGUAGCAACAAUAUGGUCAGAUAAUUGGUUUGGACAAAAAAAGAUUUCAUAGUUUAGAGGUUUAUUAAUAUAUGACAAUCAAUUUUGCCUUGUUUUAAAUGAUUGUUUUAUUGAAAAAAAGAGAUAUUAAUCAUCACAUUUUAGAGCAUAUUAUUUAAAGCUUAUUAAUCAAACUGGAUAAUUGGUAUUAAUAUUUUCUCAUCCUUUAUCAUUAAAAUAAUGGAAUAAUUGUAUUAAGAAGUUUUGCAAAAGAAAUAAUUUUAAUAAAAAGUUUAAAGUUGUAGAGUUGAUAUGUUAAAACUUUUAUCUUAUUUAGCACAAAAAGCAAAAAUCACUAUUAACUACAUAAGCGAUUAAUUUAGCAAGUAUUCAAAAUAAUGACCAGGCAGAAUUACUUGACAAUUAUUUAAAAAUCUUAAGAAAUUCUUAAAUCAGUAAUUAUAUUUAAACAAUUGGCGUUUUUGAAGAUAAAUAAAUGUUAUUUAUAGUUUGUAAAUAUUUUAAGGGAAAUUCUCUUGAUUAAUACUUUAAUUAAUCAAAAAAAUAAUACUUUACUUAAUAAUAAAUAGCAACAAUUUGUAUAUCUAUAUUAUUAGCUCUGAGAUCUCUUUCAGAUGAAGAAUUAUUUCAUGGUAAAAUUUCAUGUGAAAACAUUAUUUGUUACAGUAAUCUGAAAACUUAAUUUGGAACUUAUUUGAUUAAUUCACAUUAUAAAGUAAAGUAAAUUAAAUAAUCUUUUUAGUUUUACAAUUAAAAUACACUUUCAAUGUAUAAAUAAUCAACUCCAAAUUAUUUAAUAGCACCAGAGAUUCAAGAUGGUAUAAAUCCAUCAACAUAAACAGAUAUUUAUUAAUUAGGGGUUAUUUUAGGAUUAAUUACAUUUUUUAAUUAUACAAAACCAUUUAAUAUUGAUUAUUUUAAUAAUUAAGCAGAUAAAUUAAUGUAAUUAAUAUUAGAAUAAGAAAAGUUAAUAACAAAAUAAAAAUUUUCAUAAGAUUAUCCAUAACUUUUUAGUAUUAGUUAAUUAGAUCUAAUAAAAAGAAUGAUAUAACCUAAUCCUAAUCUUAGAAUAAGUAUUAAUGAUGCAUUAAAACAUGUUUGGUUAAUCAACAAUAAAGAAAAAAAAAUAUAAAAAUUUAUUACUAAAUAAAUGGCACUUCCUAGUUUAAGAACUAUUAUUGAAAUUAAAGAUAGUGAAUGUGAUAUAAAGAAAACUAUAAAUAAUUUUUCAGAAGAAAAUAUUUAAUUUGGUAAAUAUGGAUAAGAUCCUAAUUCACUUUUUGCAUUAUUAAAAUAAAAAAAAAAGAUCAAUUCAGAAACUUUUGUAGACUCUAAUGAUGAAGAUGAAAAUGUGUUGAAUGACAAAAUAGAAAAAUUAAAUUAGUAAAAUAAUUUAGUACCUUCAUUUAAUGAUCAUUGUUUUAUGUAUCAAUCAAGAUGGAUUUGA